CUUCCUCCUGCGCAGCUCGGAGUUUUGAGCGCGCCGCCAUGUUCGCCCUCAAGCGCAACGCGGUUAUCAGCUUCAACCUCUACUGCGGCGGCGGCGGCGGCCCCGGCGGCCCAGCUUUGGCUCCCGCUUCGCCUGGAGGAGACCCCGUCCCGCCUCCCUCCACCACCACUACCACCACCCUGGGCGCCGCCACCGCUGAGGUACCGGCCGCCCCCAUUAGCUCCGCGGGGGUGCGCGCUGCCGGCGCCCGCCGCGACCCCCCCCGCUCGCUGAUUGGCCGCUGCGCGGGGUCCUCAACGCUGCUUGGCUGCUCAGCCGCGUCCUCGGGCCUGAUUGGCUGCUCGGCAGCGUCCUCGGGCCUGAUUGGCCGCAGCGAGGGGUCCUCGGGCCUGAUUGGCUGCUUGGCAGCGGCCGGGACCCCCGAGGAUGAACUCGAUGGGUGUGAAUCCGACCCCGAGCGAGGCCCGGCGGGGGAGUCGUUGCCCGGGACCCCUCCCGGCCCGCCCGACAGGCUCCGUCAGGACACUUUGGAGCUCAUCAACCGGUACCUCCGAGAGGCGGCGGGGCAAAGCGAGCCGGGGCUCAAGAAAAAGCUUUUCCCGGCGUUGCUGGGCGGGCCGGCCUGGCCCGGUGGUGGAUCGGGGGAUGCGGUGAUGGAGAAGGCGCUGGAGACGCUGCGAAGAGUGGGAGACGGCGUCAUGCAGAAACACGAGCUUGCCUUCCAGGGAAUGCUUCGGAAGCUGGAAAUCCAGAAAGAGGAAGAUCUGCAAUCGGUGUGUGAAUUGUCUGCCCACAUGUUCAGUGAUGGAGUAACAAACUGGGGUAGAGUCGUGACACUCAUCUCGUUCGGUGCCUUUGUUGCAAAACACCUGAAAAGCAUAAACCAAGAGAAAUGCAUCAGCUCACUGGCAGGGAUCAUCACAGAUGCGCUCGUCUCAUCUAAGCGCGAGUGGAUCAUGAGCCAAGGAGGCUGGGAGGGCUUUGUCGACUUCUUUCGAGUCGAAGACCUUGAAGGCAGCAUCAGGAACAUUCUGAUGGCAUUUGCAGGUGUGGCCGGACUGGGAGCGAGCUUGGCCUACAUGAUCCGCCCAUGAGUUUUAUCUCCUUUGUUUCUGACGAUUCCUGUCCCACCGGCGCCGGCCGUGCGAGUGAGCGGCCCCAUGGUUCCUUGUUGCCGGCUUCAGGCUAAACCAUGGCAGCAUUUACCCUGAAGGUAAGAAAUUCCUGUCUUUAAGCCCCCUCUCUUCCCGAGGUCUCACCUGGUGGGAGCUGCAGGGCAGGGAGGAUGAGGGGGUCGCUAUGAUUCGGUGCCGCCAGAGCCAGUGCAGGAGACGCGGCCCCUGUCCAUCACCAGGAGAAGUCCCACAUGGACACAACCCCAGCCUGGGUCGAGCGCUCUCCCCACACCCAGCUUGGGGCCUUGGGGGGUGCCAUCCUUGUCCCUUCCCUCCUGCAUCUUGAGAGGUGAUUCAGCCCCAGAAGGUCCAUUCUGCAAGAUGUGCCCUCUCUCCCUCUGCCAUAUCCAUCUAUCUCCAUCUGUCCCCCUGUCUGUCUUUUCCCCCAUGUCCAUCUCUCUGUUCUGUCCACCUCUCCUCCAUGUCCAUCUCUGUCUCCCCAUCCUGUCCCCCUCUGUCCCCAAAUGCUUUCUACUGAAAUGUACCCCCUCAAGAGACUUUCAGGAUCCCCAGGAGCCCUGUAGGGACCCCGAGGAGCCUUUCAGGAUCCCCAGGAGCCCUGUAGAGACCCCGAGGAGCUUUUCAGGACCCCCAGGAGCUUUGUAGAGACCCCCGGGAGCCUAUCAGGAUCUCCAGGAGCCCUCUAGAGAUUCCCAGGAUCCCUUCGGUAUACCUAGGAGCCCUGUAGAGACCCUCAGGAGCCUUGUAGAGACCCCCCAGAGCCCUGUAGGGACCCCGAGGAGCCUUUCAGGAUCCCCAGGAGCCCUGUAGAGACACCGAGGAGCCUUUCAGGAUCCCCAGGAGCUUUUCAGGAUCCCCAGGAGCCCUGUAGAGACGCCCAGGAGCCCUGUAGAGAACACCAGAAACCUUUCAGGAUCCCUAGGAAGCCUGUAGAGACUCCCAGGAGCCUUUCAGGAAACUCAGAAUUCUUUCAGGAUCCACAGGAGCCCUGUACAGACUGCCUGGACCCUGUAGAUACACCCAGGAGCCCUGUAGAGACCCCGAGGAGCCUUUCAGAAUCUCCAGGAGCUCUGUAGAGACCCCCAGGAUCCUUCCAGUAUCCCCAGGAGCCCUGUACAGACCCCCAGGAGCCUUUCAGGAUCCCCAGGAGCCCUGUAGACACCCCCAAGGAGCCUUCCAGGAUCCACAGUAGUUCUGUAGAGACCCCCAGGAGCAUUUCAGGAUCCACAGGAGCUCUGUAGAGACCCCCAGGAGCCUUCCAGGAUCCACAGGAACCCUGUAGAGACCCCCAGGAUCCGUCCAGUAUCCCCAGGAGCCCUGUACAGACCCCCAGGAGCCUUUCAGGAUCCCCAGGAGCCCUGUAAACACCCCCAAGGAGCCUUUCAGAAUCACCAGGAGGCCUGGGGAGACCCCAAGCAGACUUUCCGGAUCCCCAAGAGCCCUGUAGAGAACCCCAGGAGCAUUUCAGGAUACCCAAGAGCCUUUCAGGAUCCUCAAGAACCCUGUAGAGACCUCCAGGACCCUUUCCGGAUCCCCAGGAGCCCUGUAGAGACCCCUAAGGGCCUUUCAGGGUCUCCAGGAACCCUGUAAAGACCCCCAUGUGCCUUUCAGGAUACCCAGGAGCCCUGUAGAGACCCCCUAGAGCUAUGCAGGGUCCCCAGGAGCCCUGUGGAGACUGCCAGACGCCUUUCAGGAUCCCCUGUAGCCCUGUAGAGACACCCAGGAGCCUUUCAUGACCCUCAGGAGACCUGUAGAAUCAUAGAAUCACCAGGUUGGAAAGGGCCCACCGGAUCGUCGAGUCCAACCAUUCCUAACACUCCCUAAACCAUGUCCCUAAGCACUUCAUCCACCCGUUCCUUAAACACCUCCAGGGAAGGUGACUCGACCACCUCCCUGGGCAGCCUGUUCCAGUACCUGAUGACUCUUUCCGUGAAAACUUUUUUUCCGCUAGCCAGCCUGACCCUCCCCUGGCGGAGCUUCAGGCCAUUCCCCCUUGUCCUUUCCUCUGUCCCUUGGGAGAAGAGGCCAGCUCCCUCCUCUCCACAACCUCCUUUCAGGUAGUUGUAGAAAGUAAUAAGGUUUCCCCUCAGCCUUCUCUUCUCCAGGCUAAACAACCCCAGGUCCCUCGGCUGCUCCUCGUCAGACUUGUUCUCCAGCCCCUCACCAGCUUCGUUGCUCUUCUCUGGACACACUCCAGAGCCUCAACAUCCUUCUUGUGGUGAGGGGCCCAGAACUGAACACAGUACUCAAGGUGUGGUCUCACCAGUGCCGAGUACAGAGGGAGAAUAACCUCCCUGGACCUGCUGGUCACACCGUUUCUGAUCCAAGCCAAGAUGCCGUUGGCCUUCUUGGCCACCUGGGCACACUGCUGGCUCACAUUCAGUCGCUGUCAACCAACACCCCCAGGUCCUUCUCCUCCAUGCAGCUCUCCAGCCACUCUUCCCCCAGUCUGUAGCACUGCAUAGGGUUGUGCCCCAAGUGCAGGACCCGGCAUUUGGCCUUGUUGAACCUCAUGCCAUUGGUCUCAGCCCAUCUUUCCAGCCUGUUCCGAUCACUUUGGAGCCUCCCUACCCUCCAGCAGAUCCACACUUCCACCCAGCUUAGUGUCAUCUGCAAACUUGCUGAGGGUGCACUCAAUGCCUUCAUCCAGGUCAUUGAUAAAGACAUUGAACUGGGCUGGACCCAGUACCGAGCCCUGAGGAACCCCACUUGUGACUGGCCUGCAGCUGGAGUUAACUCCAUUGACAACCACUCUCUUGGCCAUCCAUCCAGCUUUCAACCCAGGAGAGUGUGCGCCUGUCCAGGCCAGAGGCUGACAGUUUCUGAAGCAGAAUGCUGUGAGAAACUGCAUCAAAGGCUUUACUGAAGUCCAAGAAGACUCCAUCCACAGCCUUUCUUUCCCUCAUCCAGUAGUCGAGUCACUUUAUUUCUAGGAGAGAUUUUCUCCUCCUAGCUUGCACGCUGCAUCAUCUAACAAGCAGCUGCUUAUAGUGUAAAAAGACACAUAUUCAUUAACAUGCGCUAGGCUAUUACACUGAGUUCACUAAAAGGGUGUGACUAUUACAAUUUCCAUUAUUCCAUUGUCCUAAAUCCGCUCUUGGCCUUAGCUGAGUUGGCUGUGUUUCAAACCACAGAACCAGUUCACUUUGGACAGUCUCCUUUCUCCCUGAAGCACAGCUACACAUCCUCUGCCCGAGCCCCGAGUGCUCCUGAGAACCUGUCCUUGUUGUGAAAAAAAAUGCCUUCAAUUCUUACUGAAUACCUGUGUUGGUUAACCCUUUCAUUCCUUGUUUUAGGCUGCAAUACUGCUUUACAGUCACACGGUGGCAGCAGAGAGCCGAGUUAAUCGACAUUGGCUGCAGUAACACUUUUCGGUCACGCGGUGGCAGGAGAGAGAAUGAGAAGAAUCUGCUUUUGGCCACAAAUAAGAGCGCUUUCCUCCUUUGCUCAUUUUUCCUUCUCUGUCCUUCCAAUUCCUCUCAUCCUGGGCUGUGCCCCAUCCAAAUAGAGAUGAGAAGAGAAUCUCCCACUAAUUAGUGUCAAAAGUUUUCACUUGUGCCCCUGAACGGAAACUACAAGGGAAGUCAUAGAAUCAUUGAAUCAUAGAAUCACCUGGUUGGAAAGGACCCACUGGAUCAUCAAGUCAGGACUUGCAAGACUGUAAGCAGCAUCGCUAUACUAAGUUUUAUAAACAACCGGCGAGAAUACCAUUUAUUUUAGUGUUUAUUCCGUUAUUUGUACAUGAUUAACAGUUAUUUAAACCAAAUAGUAUCUCGCCAAAUAUAAAUGCGUUACACUAAGAUGUUCUCAAUCACAUUGGUGUGAAAGUUUGGCACAGAAAAGCAGCCCAGGCGCCCUCUUAGUCUUAAAAUACAUUAUUUCUAUCAAUGUUUACUGAAGGGUGCAGCAAGAGGAACAAUCCUUUCUGACCAUACCAUUCAAAAUGCUUCUACAGACAGUGCUGCAGUGAACACGUGUGCUCUGGGCUUGUUUUAGGGGUCGCAGGGCUUGUGGUGGGGUUUCUGGGCCCACUUUGGGGGUCUCUGUACCUGCUUUUUGUGUCUCUGUUACCAUUUUGGGGACCACUGUGCUUAUUUUAGGGUGUCUUCGCUCAUUUGGGGGGGCUCUGGUCCUAUUUUUGGGGUCCGGAGGCUACUUUUGGGGGGGCCUCUGUGCCCAUUUUUUGAGUCUGUGCCCAGCUGGGGGACUUGUUUUUUUUGGUCUCUGAGGCCAUUUGGGGGGCCUUAGGCUUGGGGUUUGGGUCUCUGGGCUUGGUUUCGGCAUCUCUGUGCCCAUUGUUGUUGUCUCUGGGCUUGUUUUGUGGGGGAACAAUAGUGAUGAAGGAUAAGGGGCUUAACGGUGCCUUUGCUUCAGUCUUUAAUCGUAAGGUGAGGUGUUCCCUGGAUAUUCCACCUCAUGAGUCAACAUGGGUUCACGAAAGGCAGGUUUUGCCAAACUAACCUGAUCGCCUUCUGCGACAGAGUGACUCGACUACUGAAUGAGGGAAAGGCUGUGGAUGGAGUCUUCUAGGACUCAUCAAAUACUCUCUGAACCACUCUAGAGUGGCCUGGAAGCCCUUUACUGUCUUCUAGAAGCCAUCUAAGCCCCCUGGGACCCCUUAAAGGCCUUCUGGGACCUCUCUAAGACCUCUAGGACCCCUCUAGAGGCCUUUGGGACUCAAUUAAGGCCUUCCAGGACCCCUCUAGAGUAGCCUGGGACCCAUUUACUGCCUUCUAGGUCCAUCUAGGAUUCUAUGGACCCCUCCAGAGCCCCCUGGGAUCCCUUUAAGGCCUUCUAGGACCCCUCUAAGACCCCUAGGACCUCUCUAGAGCCCCCUGAGACUCUAUUAAGGCAUUCCAGGACCCCUCUACGAACCCCA